AUGAAAGGAUCGAGCUCAUUCGCUGCGGCUCGCGAACGCGGCGCCAUCCUCCUCGCGGUCCUGCUGGUCUUUCUUGACGGGACUGCGGGCCGUGGAUACCCUCUUCUGAAAAAAGAACUCGGGGCGAGGAGUCAUGAUUACUAUGAUCAUUACAACACAGACGAGCCAUCGUUGCAAACGAAUAGUCUCAAACAGAUGAAUAGUACCAAUGGCAUCGGUUCGUCUGUCGAACCUUACCAGAGCUACAUCGCGUGCGAGCCACGGACUUUUUCUUUCGAAGGCUGCACCUUGUGCUUCUGCACCGACAGGCCCAAUGUUGGCCUGUGCUGGGACUACGAGGCGCCAAAGUGCGCGGAGACUAGCAAAGCGGUCGAUGAGCAGAAACAUUCAAAGAACAACGAUCCUCACGGCAUUUGGUGAAUGGCGUUUUUUUUUUUUUUUU